AUGGAGACGCCAGCUCAGAGUGCCCCCGCGACGGACGCCUCGCCGCCUCAGUCCGCCGAUGCCGACGCGCACACGCUGCACGCCCCCGCGCCGGACAGCUCGCCCGCCGCCGCGCCCAGCGAGCCCUCCUGCAUCGGCGUGCUCCGCUCUGCGGCCGAGGCGUGCGAGGAUGCCGGUUCGGCGGUGCUGUCGGAGCCUUCGGCUGCAGCUGCGGCGCGCGAGCUCUGCGAGCGCGUGCUUGCCCUCCUGCCUGCCGACCAGAGGGGCACCUCUUCCUCCAACGGGAUCAACGUGGACGUGGAGCUCGACAAGUGGGUCAACGCUAAGCGUGCGAAAGACUUUGUGACGGCCGACGCAAUCCGUGAGAAGCUACGCGCCGCCGGGGUCGAUCCGGACCGCGCCCGUCCGCGCGACGUGCGUGGCACCCGUGCCACCGAGUCUCCCUCAACAAAGGUGGCGUCACUCGCCUUUCGCCACAUAGGGUACGGAGGCCCUCCGAUGGGGUACGGCGGCGGUUUCGCCCAGGGCCCGGCGGCGGGCGCCAAGCGGCCACGGCAAGAGUACGACGCCGCAACCGAGGCACAGCUGGACCGGUGGCUGGAGGCGAAGCGCGCGAAGGACUUUGCAACUUCGGACUCGAUCCGAGACCAGCUGCGCGCGCGCGGCAUCGAUCCGGACCGCGCGAGGCCGCGAUGA